UGGAUGGUUACACCGGGCAGGUUGGCUCCAUAAUGUUAGGGACUGUGAAAAUGGAAGGGCAUGAAACCAGCGACUGGAACAGCUACUACGCCGACACUCAGGAGGCCUAUUCCUCGGUGCCCGUGAGCAACAUGAACUCGGGGCUGGGCUCCAUGAACACCAUGAACACCUACAUGACCAUGAACACCAUGACGACCAGCGGCAACAUGACCUCCAGCUCCUUCAACAUGUCCUACGCCAACACGGGGCUGGGGGCCGGGCUGAGCCCUGGCGCCGUGGCCGGCAUGCCGGCGGGCUCGGCGGGGCCGGUGAACGGCAUGCCGGCCGGCGUGGCCGCCAUGGGCACGGCGCUGAGCCCCGGCGGCAUCAACGCCAUGUCUGCCCAGCCGGCCCCCAUGAACGGGCUGAGCCCCUACGGCGGCAUGAACCCGUGCAUGAGCCCCAUGGCCUACACCCAGUCCAACCUCGGCAGGACGCGGGACGCCAAGACCUUCAAGCGGAGCUACCCCCACGCCAAGCCGCCCUACUCCUACAUCUCCCUCAUCACCAUGGCCAUCCAGCAGGCGCCCAGCAAGAUGCUGACGCUGAGCGAGAUCUACCAGUGGAUCAUGGACCUUUUCCCCUACUACCGGCAGAACCAGCAGCGCUGGCAGAACAGCAUCCGCCACUCACUCUCCUUCAACGACUGCUUCGUCAAGGUGGCCCGCUCCCCCGACAAGCCCGGCAAGGGCUCCUACUGGACCCUGCAUCCCGACUCCGGCAACAUGUUUGAAAACGGCUGCUACCUCCGCCGGCAAAAGCGCUUCAAGUGCGAGAAGCCGGCGAACAGCAAAGCCCCUCAGGAGGGCAGGAAAGAUCAGGCCGGGGCCUCCAGUUCCAGCUCCAACUCCCCCCUGCACAGAGGCCACAAUAAACCCGCGCAGCUGGACACCGCCACCUCCCUCUCCAGCUCCAACCCGUCCACCAGCCCCCAGUCUAUGGACCACAGCGGAUCGAGCACGGAGCUAAAGACCUCGGCCUCGGCCGCCUCCUCCACCAUCAGCUCCGUCCCCGCCUUGGCCUCCGUCCCGCACCCCCCUCACUCCUUAGCCCACGAACCCCAGCUCCACCUCAAGGGCGAUCCCCACUACUCCUUCAACCACCCCUUUUCCAUCAACAACCUCAUGUCAUCCUCGGAGCAGCAGCACAAGCUGGACUUCAAAGCCUACGAGCAGGCGCUGCAAUAUUCCUCCUACGGGGCCAGCAUUCCCGGCGGGCUGCCCCUGGGCAGCGCCUCCAUGGCGGGCCGGAGCAGCAUCGAGCCCUCGGCCCUAGAGCCCUCCUACUACCAAGGUGUGUAUUCCAGACCCGUGCUAAACACCUCCUAG